AUGAAAAGAGAUCAGAAGCAGCAUAGGGGGGAUAUUGAUGGACAGGGAUCAGAAGAGGAAGAGAAAGAUCAGAGUUUGCCAAACCCCAUGCAAGCUGCGGCAACAUCAGCACUUGCGUUUUCUGUGGGUGCAUUGGUUCCACUCCUAGCAGCUUCGUUUAUAAAGGAGUAUAAGGUGAGGGUGGGGAUGGUGGUGGGGGCAGUGAGCCUGGCUUUGUUGGUUUUUGGGUGGCUGGAGGCUCUCUUAGGUAAGGUCCCUGCGUUUAAGUCUGUCGUUAGGGUUUUGGUUGGAGGUUUGCUAGCCAUGGCUAUAACCUUUGGGUUGACUAAGUUAAUAGGGUCAAGUGGCCUGUAA